UAGGCAGUGAGGACAAAGCCACCCACCCACCAAGAGUCAGUCUCUCCCGGUCCCGGCUCUCCCUCCCUCCCUCCCCUCGUGCGGUAGCCUCCAAAUCAUCCAACGUCCAAUCCACUUCCAACAAGAUACCGCCACCAUCCUCCGCCUGAUCCGACCUCUCUUCCAUCAGCGACAGCGACCUCGCAACCCCCGGCUCCAUCGGGCGAGGGAAUGGAGGAGGAGGGCGCGAGGAAGGCGGUGCUCUUCAGGCUGUUCGGCGUCGAGGUCCGCGGCGCGGAGGAGGAUGAUGACGCGGAGCCCAUGGAGCUCAAGAAGAGCACCAGCAUGCCCAACCUCGCCUGCGCCUCCAUCGUCCCGAUUCUCCUGCCCGGCGAGGCCAGCAACGACAAGGGCUACGCCUCCGACGACGGCGAGCUGGCGUCCACGCCGCAGCUCAAGCGCCGCCGCCGCAAGGCCCAGGAGCGCAAGAAAGGGAUUCCAUGGACCGAGGAGGAGCACAGGAAGUUCCUGGAGGGUCUGAAGCAGCUGGGCAAGGGGGACUGGAGAGGCAUCUCCAAGAACUUCGUCACCACCAGGACGGCCACGCAGGUGGCCAGCCACGCCCAGAAGUACUUCCUCCGGCAGACCAACCCCGGCAAGAAGAAGCGCCGGGCCAGCCUCUUCGACGUCGGCAUCCCCGCCGGCCACAGCUACGACGAUCAGCUGCCAAGUCCUCAGAGUGUUGGAACCAAGCUUGCUCCUGCUGAGAAGAUACUCCACACCGACCGCGGCGACGUGCCGCUACCAAGUUAUCCUGGAGGCAUCAGGGGCAACAGCAACAACAUCCAGAUGCAGGUUGAAGAACUAACUGACCAUGUGAAGAAGAGAUCAAAGUUCCCCACCGGGACGUCGCUGGCCGCCAUGGCUGCCUCCGGGCUGGAGCUGGCAAUGUCUUCAUCUGCCAGCAGCAUCCUGGAGCUCAGCAUCGCGCCUCCUCGCUGCUACGGCGCGGUCGACGCCAUCAAGGUGCUGUGAUCGAUCCCCGGCUGCCAGGCCUGGCCGAAGGGAUUGAUCUGAUCUGCACCACCACCAGCUUAGCUUCAUGUGGCAUCCCUGUUCUUGUUGCCGUGCUAACUUCGUUGUCCGUCGAUCGUCCUAGUAGCUUUUUCAGCUAGUGUAUGGAGUAAAAUACAUAAGAAUUGCUUGCUUUGGUACAAGUUGGUGAAGGGAAACCAGAGAGGAUAUGUAGUAGGUUUGUCUGUAAUGUAUGGUUACCAAGUUAAUUAAUGUUAUCAGUGCUUGCAUCGCA